AUGGUAGUAAUAUCUUUCAAUGACCAUAUAUUGAUCGAGAUUUUCUCAUGGCUCCCGCCAAAAUCCCUCAUCAAAUUCAAACUACUCUCCAAACACUGGUUCUCCUUGUUAUCUAGUGACUAUUUCCAACAAAAACACAUUCUAAACGAAGGCCACCGCUCGAAAACCGAACCCUGCAGUCUCCUCCUCCGCCUUUUGGAAAAACCCGACUAUUUUUACCUUCACCUCGACGGGAGUCUCGAAAAGAGUAGUUUAGUGCCGUAUCGAUUUUCUCCAUUUCUAGCCGAGCCGAUCGUGUCGAGCUUUGCCAACGGCCUGUUCUUGCUCCAUUGUGCCGAAAUCAAGAAUGGUCAUGUUCAAGAAUGCUUUGUUUUCAACCCCACAACUAAACAAUCCCGAAGCAUUUCCCUCCGAGCCGACGAGGAUGAUUACAAGCCCGUGAUCGGGCUCAAUAUAGCUUUCGACCCACUAAUAAAUUCGGCCCAUUACAAGAUUAUAUGCGUUAGGCUCGUUAGAUGGGCGCCUUUCAGUUCCAUGGGUUCUUUGUGGCGUCUUUGCCGAGUGGAGGUUUACGAGUCGGACGAUUGUUCUUGGAAGAUUCCUGGCAAGCCAUUUUGGGCACCGACCGAUAUGGAUUUCAAUCGAGGGGUGUAUGUAAACGGUCGCAUUCAUUGGCACGAGAUGUUUUUCCACAUCGAUGGAGGUUUCGUGGGGAAGCAUCCGGAAAUUGAAGUCCCUGGUGGCAUCGGGAAACAGUUUUUCAAUCGCGAGUAUGUUGAAUCUUGCGGCUAUCUUCAUUGUGUCGCGCAUUUCCUUUGCAAAAAUAAGGUAAUGGUGUUUGAAUUGGCGAGGGACUUUACUAAAUGGUCGUUGAAGUGUAGUUUCGAGCUCGGUGGAGUUUCGGGGAAACUCUCCGUGUUGGGAGUAGUAAAUGGUGUGUUGGUGUAUCACGAGCCGGGGAAAGUUGUGGCGUGCGGAUUUCGAGGAGAGGUUAAGAAAGUGCUGGUCGAUUUUAGGGACGAGGAGAUUUACGAGGAGGGUCGAAUUCAGUUUGUUUCGAACGACGCAGUUGAAUUUGUCGAGAGUCUAGCUCGUGUUUGA